UCCAGAAAACCGCCGCACGCAGCGCCGCCCGCCGCUAUUGCCAAGCAAAUCUCACAUCGUCCCGUCCGCGAUGCUCAGUUACCUGUUAGCUAGCUAACUAAGCUGUCCUCAGAGUUCUCAGCAGCUCUGAACCACUUAGGUUGCUUGUGCAUGUUCGUCUGUGUAACUCAUAUCAGGAAAACGAGCAGGACUGUCUGCGAGGACAAUCUUCAUUCGCGCAGAGAGAGAGACGGAGGAGGAAAUGGCAACGGCCACAGUGGUAGAAGCCGACCCUACGUCCAACGACGGUGCUAGCGCUUUUUCAGGUGUUCAUAGUCCAGGCUGGACUGACUCUCAGCUUCGAAAGUACCCCUUCCAAACAAGACAGAUCCCUCGUCUGUCUCAUACGGACCCCCGCGCAGAGAUCCUUAUCGACAACGAGGAGCCUGUCGUGUUAACAGAUACCAACUUGGUGUACCCUGCACUCAAGUGGGACACAAAUUACUUGCAAGAGAAUAUUGGGAAUGGGGACUUCUCAGUGUACAUUUCUGAAAACCACAAAUUCUUGUAUUAUGAUGAGAAGAAAAUGUCAAACUUCGAGAACUUUGUGCCAAAGUCACGCCGAAUAGAAAUGAAGUUUUCAGAGUUUGUAGAAAAGAUGCAUCAAACAGAAGAGCAGGGUGGAAAAGAGAGAGUAUACUUGCAACAAACCCUGAAUGACACAGUUGGGCGAAAAAUUGUUGUGGAUUUCCUGGGAUUCAACUGGAACUGGAUCAACAAGCAGCAAACCAAAAGAAACUGGGGACAGCUAACGUCUAAUCUGCUGCUCAUAGGCAUGGAAGGAAAUGUGACACCAGCACAUUAUGAUGAGCAGCAAAACUUCUUCGCACAAAUCAAAGGUCACAAAAGGUGCAUCCUCUUUCCUCCAGACCAGUUUGAGUGUCUCUACCCCUUCCCUGUUCAUCAUCCAUGUGACAGGCAGAGCCAGGUUGAUUUUGAAAACCCUGAUUAUGAAAAGUUUCCAGAAUUUAAAAAUGUCCUGGGAUAUGAGGCUGUUGUUGGACCAGGUGAUGUACUGUACAUCCCAAUGUACUGGUGGCAUCACAUUGAGUCCUUGUUAAAUGGAGGAGUAACAAUUACUGUCAACUUCUGGUAUAAGGGAGCUCCCACUCCAAAGAGGAUAGAAUACCCACUGAAAGCACAUCAGAAGGUGGCCAUUAUGAGGAACAUUGAAAAGAUGUUGGGAGAGGCCUUGGGGGACCCACAUGAGGUUGGCCCAUUACUGAACAUGAUGAUCAAGGGACGAUACGAGCAAGGUCCCAGUUAAUUGGCAGGAGACAGAUUUGUAUGAUGUCGGAGGGAGAUGCUGUAUAAUAGAGUGUAGGGAUGUGAAUGUAUGCUUGUCUGUACAUUCAGACUGUUGAUUUGACAGUGUCUGGCAGUGUUUUGACUGCCUCUAUUUAAGUGUGCUUUGAUUGUCUCAAGCCAUUGUCUUGUUACUCCAACAUCUAUUCAAGGAAGGUACCACUAGAGAGAACUUGUUCCGUCUUUUGAGUCCUCAUAAGCAUAGUGUGAUGCAUUCUGCUGCAUGAUAUGAUGCAAUGAAAAAGACAAAAAAAAACAACAAACAUUCAAAGCACAGCUGCACCUAUCUUGGUGCCUCUCUUUGUUGGUUCCAUCUUCGGAUGAGCAAGGUGCCAUAGCAAAGUACUGAAUUCCUACAGUUUGGAGUCCUCAUUUAUAAGCAAGGCACAUCACAAAAGAUUGUAGUUAUAAGACCACUUGUAGUGAGCCUUGUCUAGAAGCACUUUUACAAUUGCUGAAUUUUACAGUGUACUGUAAUUUGUGCAAAAUACAAGACUUUUGAAAUUAGUGCAGACUCCCCACUUUCCUAGAUAUAGCUGUUCUAUAGCCUAAAAUGAAUUUGUCAGUAGUUUUGUAGUUAACAGGAGCAGUCCGCAGGAAGUAUCGUUUUAAAACACUGAAGGAAUGUUUGGCCCUGUCAUAGCUGGAAUGAAGUUUGGUAAUUGCUGAGUAUUUCUACAUUUGUUUUUUAAAUCUUUUGUGUACAUUCAGGCAUAUAUUUUAUUUACUUUUUUGUUUGACUUGUUUAUUUGUUUGAAUGUAACCUUAUUUUACAUGUGGUACAAUUUCAGGACUGUAACUGCAAGUGAGGGCAAAUAUGUAAUUUAAUAUACAUUAUUUACAAGGCAUUAAUAUCAACUCUUUUGCCAUCUGAUUUCAAUAAACGAUAUUUCAUAGGUAAAAAUUAAUCUGUCCUAUGCAGGAGUGAAAUAUACCCAUCACACCUUUGAUGAUCUUGGAUCUGAAAAUGAAUAUUAUACUUGUGAUUUGAAGUUGCUAUAGUAUUUUUUAAAGAAUGCUAUAAUCUUAAUUCUACAAACAAAAAGUCUCCAGUUUGCUUGUUACCACAUUUUGAUCUUUCUAAUAGAGAUUUAAUUAACCAACUUAUUUAUCCAUUAACCUGUCCAUAUACUGUUGUUAUCCUGUGAUCUAAGUAAUAUUGCAUUUGCAUGUAAGAAUUUGUUUACAUUGGCUGUGGUACUUUGUUUGUUUUCAUCUGAAAAGAAAAGAAAUAGCAUUGAUAAAUAUUUCACAGAAUCAGCUUGUUUAUUCAGCCUGCACUCAUAGUUUUGAUCAUAUUUUGGGUGCCAUGCAUUGAAACAUGUUACAAAGUAGUGACAGUCUUUAUAAUAUAGCUUCUUGUAUAUGUGCCAAAUUCAUUUUCCUAAUGUGGAGUUAUCUGAAAGUGCUUGAAUACAAUUGUUGGAUUUAGUUGAACAAUUAAUGUUUAAGUAUUAUCUUAAAGUUUUGAUAACAGCAUUUUAUAGCUUGUUUAUAAUGGCAAUUGGAAGAAUGAGAUUGUUAGUAUAGCACUUAAAUUAACUGGGGAUUCUAAGCGCAAGAGCACUUAGUAAAUAUUAAAUCUUCCCAAAAAAUAUUGUACAGAGCACUUGGGACUGCUUGUAAUUUCUUACUGAAGGAUGAAUAUAAAUGUGACCGUUAUUUCAGGCAGUAACUAAAAUCUGUAAUUUCUAUCUGUAAAAACAGUUUGGAAGAUUUAAGUCUACUACUUUUAAAAAAAAAAAAGUGAGAAGUAGUAAGUGUGGCUUGGUGACUGACAUGAA